CCAGUUUUGUUUCAGAGUUUAGUUGUUAAUGUGGCAGUGAGGAGACAGGGAGGGGCGAACCGGCGUUUUGUUUGUUGUUUUUUUAUUUAGAUACAUUUAAAAAGUAUUAAUAUUAACUGCUUGGUGCGUUAAAGGAGGAGUGGGGACAUUGUUACCUACACCCUAAGACUGUAGCUUAGCUCACCCGCUUGGAUUACAUGUUGUUUUCUCUCAUCCGGGAGCACAGGGGAGCAUGGAGCGGUAGAAGAUGUUGGAAUAACUGUCAGAGAAGAUUUUUCUUCUUUAAGAUAUUUAUUUAAUUUAUUUUUCUAUAUUUUUUUCGUAUUCGGGAGUAGUUAACGUAUCUAACUAACCGUGGGAGCAGCAGCGCUCAGGGACCGGAGUUGAGGAUGGAGCAGGCGAAUAUCCUGAGGAAGUUCAUUCAGGGGGUUCAGGCCAUGCGAACAGGGGACCAGGGAGGAGAGGACAACUUCGGCAGCGACUUCAUGAGAUUACGAAGAUUAUCAACCAAAUACAGAACAGAGAAGAUCUUCCCCACUAACGUUGGUGAGAAAGAGGAAAAUGUGAAGAAGAACAGAUAUAAAGACAUUCUGCCGUUUGACCACAGUCGAGUAAAAGUCGCAUUAAAAACGUCCAAUCAGGACACGGAUUACAUCAAUGCAAACUUCAUCAAGGGAAUAGAUGGGCCUGAAGCCUACAUCGCCACGCAGGGCCCACUGCCCAACACAGUCAUUGACUUCUGGAGGAUGAUCUGGGAAUACAAUGUCGCAGUGAUUGUAAUGGCGUGUCGAGAGUUUGAGAUGGGCAGGAAAAAAUGUGAGCGGUACUACCCCCAGUUCGGAGAUGAGCCCAUGUCCUUUGGCCCUUUCAGGAUCUCCUGUGAAUCAGAACAGCCAAGAACUGACUAUUUCAUCCGCAACCUAACGGUAGAGUUUGAAAAUGAGACUCGUAGAAUAACACAGUUCCAUUAUAUAAACUGGCCGGACCAUGACGUCCCCUCAUCGUUUGACUCCAUAUUGGACAUGAUUGCACUGAUGAGGGAGUACCAGGAACACGAUGAUGUUCCAAUCUGUGUGCACUGCAGUGCUGGAUGUGGGAGAACAGGUGCCAUCUGUGCCAUUGAUUACACGUGGAAUCUUCUGAAAGCUGGGAGAAUACCGGAGGAUUUUAACGUGUUUCAGCUGAUUCAAGAGAUGAGAACACAGAGGCACUCAGCAGUUCAGACUAAGGAGCAGUAUGAGUUAGUCCAUCGAGCGAUCGCCCAGCUUUUCGAGAAACAGCUGUUGCACUUGGAGAGUCCCACGAAUUCUGAGCUAACAGAUGGCAUGGACGAGUGCAGUCCGGAAAAACCCAGCCAGAAUUCUGAUGAGGAGAGAUGGGACACGCCCCCACCCAAACCACCCCGUAUCCGGAGUUCUCAGGUAGAGGGUGACGUCAAAGAGGAGAUCUUGCAGCCUCCAGAGCCUCGCCCCGUGCCGCCCAUCCUCACUCCCUCACCCCCCUCCGCCUUCCCCACAGUCACCAACGUGCGCCAGGACAACGACCGCUACCAUCCUAAACCUGUCCUGCACAUGCUGGCCACCGAGCAGGACCCUGACCUCAACAAGAACUACAGCAAGCCCCCCAGCGGAGCCACCCCGGAGCCAGCGGCUGCUCCCUCGCCCGCCGGACCCCCUUCUCCUCCCUGUGAUACUACAGAGAAGCGGCUGGAGCGCAAGCUGAGCAUUGAGAUCAAGAAGGUGCCUCUACAGGAGGGUCCUCGCAGCUUUGAGGGGAACAGCAUGCUGCAGCGCUCGCACGCCUUCAAAGCUCGCACCAACGCCAGCAGCUGUUCGCUGUCGGAGGACUCGGACAACCCCCCGCGGCCCAACCACCUCCCCCUGGGCAAGCAGAAGAGUCAGGCGUCCUGGGUGCGGACCCAGACCGCCCCAGACAGGGUCCCCUCGCCGGCCGAGAGCUCCACACCCAGCCCCUCCUCCGCCUCCGAGGCGCCGCUCAGGACUGCUCUGUGUUUUACCAACCCCCUGCAUUCGGACCACUCCGACCUGGAGCCCGAGGAGCUGGAGGACGUCCAACCUGCUCUCCAGUCGGACUGCCAUUCCAACGUUUCCACUGCAACCGGCACGGUUUCUGCUGCACCUCAUGAAGACCACGUGCCCAGGAAGGUCACCCCCAUGUCCAUCGCCGGCCUCUGCUCCAAAGCAGACGAGGAGACAAACAGUGACGAGAGUGAAGACUCGCCUCCCCCUCUUCCUGAAAGAACCCCCGAGUCCUUCUUUUUGGCCACAGAUCCAGUAGAUGUGAAAGUAGAGAAGGAUUUGGGUUCAGCUGAAUCAGGAGUAGCUUCUCUCUCUCUUCAGAACUCUAUGACCACAACGACAAAAACACCACCGGAUGGAGGGAAGGAGAAUGGAAAGAGUUCAGACAGUCUGGCAAAAACCACAAGCACUAUGGUUAAAGCAGACGAGAGGACGGAGAGCAAACCACUCUCAGAGAUUGGAUUUGGUUCCCGCUGCACACAACCCAAAGGCCCAAGAGACCCUCCUUCAGAGUGGACAUAAUGACUGAGGACCUACUAUAGCUGACCCUAAACGCAUCCACACAUACAAAUAGACAUAUAUAUAUAUAUAUACACACACACACACACACACACACACACUCACACACCUCACUACCAUUCCCUCUGCUCUAAGUGCCAUUGUAGAAGGAGGAUCAAAGACAUCUCUCGCCACGUCUCUUCACUCAGCUCCAACUAACAAACACAAUCAGCAUAGCUCUAUAGAUAAUCUUCCAUGACGCAGCCGCACUCCCUGUGCUGUUUGUGUGUCAGCUGCCAUGGGCUCACUGCACUGGUGCUACACCUUCUCCUUGCUGGGACCAUAAACCUGCCUUAUUCACUCUAUAGCAAAAACAAACAGAUUGGACUGACACGGCAGUCUGUGUUGCUGUGCUAGCUAGCUAGCUAGAGCAUCUCUUCUCUUCUACUCUAUACUUUUACACUCCUACUAUGACAAAUACAAUAAGAUAUGUAUCCAUAAGUACAAAGAACUACUGUUGGUUGUUGUUUUUUUUUUCUCUUUUGUUUUGUUUUGAACCAUUUUUCCCUGCUAACGUCUCGAUAGCCAUAUAUGCAUUGUUUUAUAGGUGUACAGGGCAAGUAGGUAUAUAAUAUGACAAAUGUGCUAUGGCUAAAUAUUCUUAUUAACAGAAGAUGUAAGAAGUCUGUGCAUGAUAACCCCCCCAUGUACUAUGAACUGUAAAUUAUUUGCUCUCCUGUUAUAACAAAUAUUUCAGGGUUGUUAUUUUUUGUUAGUUUUUCCUUUUCAGUGUUUCGUUCUCUUUUAUUAUUUUGGUUUUCUCCAAAGGCUAGCUGAUUUAUCAGCCAAUCCCUGAGACGGCACGGGCUCAAGAUUGUAAUGAUGCUUUUUUUGUAAAUUGUAUUCUAAAGGUUAUUUUUGUAUACGCUGUUUUUUGCUCACUUCAUGAACCAUGCCCUUGUACCACUGGCCUCUUAGAGCCCACCUGUGCCUUUUUUUCUCUAGAGGAAGCUCCUGUCCACUGUAUGGGCAGUGGUGCGUGUGUGAAUGUGUGUGUUUGUGUGUGAGUGAGCGCGAGAGAGAGAGAGAGAGAUUCACGCCGUUAUGUUCAAGCCUCUGGGAUCUAAAGGACCCUUCUACACAGACCUGUUUGUAUGUUGCAGAAAUCAAUCAACCUCUCAGUAAAAAGAAAGAAAGACAUGAAGAA